AUGGCUGCGCAAAACUGCACCUCCGCUGCCUCGUCUCUCCCCCCUUACUCCACGCCGACCGUUGUGAACGGUGGACGGCUUGUCUACGACUACGAAGUGCCCGCCUCCCUAACCCACGCACCCAUGGGAGGAGACCAUCUCUAUCAGCCAAUCGACCCGAUGCUACGAGAGUCGGCAGACGGCGGCCAGCAGCUCUGGGGAGUUCAGGACAUGUCCUACUUUCAGCAGCCGUCCAGCGAAGCCUGCCUCGACCCCAGUCUUGCGCCCGGCGCCGCGGGCCUCUACCAGCCAGCAGUCGGACGAAACGACUCGCCCUUCUCCUUCCAGCCCUCGCCGGCCUUCAGCUUGAUUGAAAGUCCGUCUAUUGGCAGCGAUGCCAACUAUGAGAUUGUGGACCCUGCCACGCCGCCGGACGCGCAUCUGUCGCUCGGAAACUCAUACGACUCUGACUACUCCUACGACUCCAACGUGGAGCAGUCAGACACCAGCUUCUACCCAGACUCAUCAUACUACGGCGGCGUGGACAUGGUCACAGUCAAUGGCUCAUACGUGUUCGGCUCCGCUCCCAAUGGUAGCCCCCUGAUGCCCGCCGGCAACGCACACGGUGGUCACAUGGGUUCCUUCCAGACCACUCUUCCCUACGUCAGCUCAGCCAGGCACAUCAAAGAAGAGAGCCUGCCACCGAGUGUGGACGAAAAGCUUUCCGCCGCUAAGGCCGCGAGGAGGCGUCCUCGCAGCUCCCGGUGCGAUUUUGAGCCCGUCUCCUGCAAGCGAGCCUCUCCUGACGACGAGGGUUCGUCACAAGGCGAGAAGAGGCGCAAGACUCACAUCACCAACAAGCGAUUUUGCCACAAGUGCAAGAAGAACUUCCAAAGCCGAACGACGCUCGACGAGCACACGAACCUUGAGCACCCCCGACCCUACAUAUGCGUCUUCCACUACGCCGGCUGCACCGCUAGGUUCGAUGCAAAGAACGAGUGGAAGCGGCACGUCAGCACAAAGCACCUCGGCCUGAAAUACUGGGUCUGCACCGAGGGCAAGUGCGCCGAAGAGCGACAGUCGUCGUACCAGCGAUACGCGGGCCUGCCUCUGUACGGCAACAUCUUCAACCGCAAGGAUCUGUACACGCAGCACAUCCGACGGAUGCACGCCACAGUCACUGGCCAGGGCACGACGGACUACAAGGGGGCGGACGCGCGAUCCGACUGCAUGGUCAAGAAGAUGCAGGAGGAUGCCCUGCGCAUCCGGUGCAGGCUCCCGACCUGGAUGCCUUGCCCCGUGCAGUCGUGCGACAAGGCCUUUACCGGCGCAAACGCCUGGGAUGAGCGGAUGGAGCACGUUGCCCAGCAACACUUUGACAACGCAGCUGCCGGCAGAGAGCCUCCGGUCGAGUUUGGAGGCCCCCAUGACACCGUCCUGACCGAGUGGGCGCAGCGCUCCGAUAUUCGCAUCGUCAAGAAGACGGAGGCGGGCUGGGAGCUCUGCGACCCCCUGAAGGGCGACACGGAGUAUAGAAUGGCCACUCCCGAUGACGAGGAGUGA